UCCUUGAACGAGUGAAAAAAAAAAUGAGUCAGUGAAAAUCGGUUUUGCGAGGAAAAUCAUGAGCUGGCCGACAAUCUCCGAGAGCUGAGUAAUUUUUAUCAAGACAACUAGUGCAACAUUUCAUCAUCCUGACACUGUCUGAGACGUAUCGAAUGGUUGAGACAGUCUCUCAGUAAUGUACGCCAUCCAGAGCCAUAAAUUAUUACUUGAAUCCUAUCACAUAGCAAAUUAAGUGAUUCCGAGGGGAUCGAGAGUCUGACAAAUGGGCGGAGUUUAUUAAAAUUUUUCAUACAAUUAUCACAAGUGAAUUUCUGUCAUCUGUAUGACAUCCGCAUGACUCACGGUGAUGAGACGAUUUCCAUUCGGAUACUGACUUCACUAACGACUUGAGACCGUUGUUUUUCUUGUAUCCGUCAAAUUGACUUAGUGAGGAAAAUAUUGAAGUAUUUGGAAUAUUUGUGGGAAUAGUAGAGUGAGGAUUGACGAUAAUGGCCAAUUGUGCACCGAUAAACAACGAGGACGCAGAGAUGAUGGAAAUUGGAAUUAAUGGUGAUGACAUUGAUGAGGAAGAAUCAGAUGGUGUUACCGUGCCAGAGCUUCAGGGCACACUGUCGAAGUGGACGAAUUACAUUCAUGGGUGGCAGAUACGUUUUAUUGUUUUGAAAGAUGGCACAUUGUCUUAUUAUAAGUCUGAGCAAGACAGUGGCUUUGGAUGUCGUGGCUCCAUCAGUCUGUACAAAGCUGAUAUCAAGGGCCAUGAGUUUGACGAGUGUCGAUUUGAUGUGUCGGUGAAUGAUUGUCUCGUCUGGUAUCUUCGAGCAAAUUCUCAAGAAGAGAAACAACGCUGGGUUGAUGUAUUGAAAUCGUACAAAGCCGAAUCUGGAUACGGAAGUGAGAACAGUUUAAAACGUCAUGGAAGCACAGUCUCUCUGAUAUCGAAUACUCAGUCGACAACGAGUGGAGGAAGUUUUAGUAAACGAGUAUCUCGGAGUUUAAAGGAAAAACUCAAUGAACUGGAGACAUUCAAAGAUAUCCUGAGUCAGCAAGUUGACACUCUUCAAAAAUAUUUCGACAAUUGUGCGGAAAAUGCCAAGACCUCUGGAAAAAUUGAGAAGAACGAGACAUUCGAUCCAGCCCUUCAGUCCAUCGAUUUCAAGGGCGAGGCUAUUACCUUCAAGGCCACCAGCGAGGGAGUGCUAGCAACCCUUCAGCAUUGCGUGGAAUUGAUGAAUCAGAGGGAGGACUCGUGGCGGAGGAAACUUGAAAAGGAGAACGAAAAAAAACGAAAGAUGCAGGAGUUGUAUAGAGCACUCAAGGAUCAGGUCAACAUCCAGAAGGGGGACACCACGAGACCCAGAGUCGUCAUCCAUGGUGGCCCCGAUUACGAGGAAGGACCACACAGUGCUCUGUGCGAUGAAGAGUUUUACGAUGCCGUUGAGACAGGAUUGGAUAAGAUAGACGAGGACAAUCAGCUGAGAGAUCGUUUGAAGAAGAAAUCGAUUUCAAUUGCCUUGAGCCCAGUGACACCAGCGAAAAAUCAUAAAUUAUGGCCUGAGAUCGAGAAAGUAACUCUCGAGCAACUGCAUUAUGCACGUUUGGGGGUGGGUGGUGCAGGGGGUUGGCAAUUAUUCGCAGAGGAUGGUGAAAUGAAGAUGUACAGACGUGAAGAGGAGGCAGAUGGUCUGGUUGUGGAUCCCCUGAAGGCGUGCCACAUGGUGAAGGGAGUGACAGCGAGAGAAGUCUGUGAGAUAUUCUUCAGCCCCGAGUACAGGAGUGGCUGGGAGGCCACCCUCGAAGACAUGACUGUUGUUGAAACAAUUGCCAGUGAUACCUUAGUCUUUCUUCAAACCCAUAAGAGAAUUUGGCCAGCGAGCCAACGUGAUGCCCUAUUUUGGUCUCACAUGCGAAGUGUCGCUGACAGUGAGGACCAGGAUGCUGCAGAUCUGUGGAUUGUUUGUAAUCACAGCACAGAGCAUCCCCAAUAUCCACCGAACUCUGGGAAAUGUGUGAGGGUCUACUUGACAGUCUGCCUCGUAUGUCAAACCUUCAUCGAUCCCCCGAAAGAUCCAAAGAAUAUACGCCGAGAAGAUCUGACUUGUAAAAUUACGUACUGCUCUGUUGUGAAUCCUGGUGGUUGGGCACCAGCUUCUGUCCUCCGUGCGGUCUAUAAACGAGAGUAUCCAAAAUUCCUGAAGCGCUUCACCAGUUUCUGCAUUGAUCAGUGCAAAGACAAACCCAUUCUCUUUUAAUUAAACCCGUAAUCUACGUUAUUUCGUAUUUUUUAUCAUCGUUUUCUCGAUUAACGAGAAUUAUCCUUUAAUCAGCUAUUUUUACUGAUCUAUCGCUACGUAAGUGUAAAUUUUGUCACACAUUGAACGUAAAAUGAAGAUGAAACUUGUACAAAAUGGACAAGAAAAAAAAGUAAAACAGAAUGAAGGUAAAAAUCCAGAGGAACUAUCCAUUGUUACAUUCUGCCAAUUAUAAUUAUAUUCACCUCUGUAUAAUACGGGAAAAAAAUACAAUUUAUAUUGUUACUUUUAUUUAUACGAGGAAAAAAAAAGAGGAAAGAAGAUUGUGUAAAAUUGUGAGCAAAUAAUGAAUGAAACUUAAUAAAGACUGUUCUAGAUUUA